UUGGUUGCUAUCCCCCCCACCCACCUUCUAUUAUUUCCCUCCCGCUCUCUUUCACGACGUGCGACGUUCGCGCAGCCCCUGCUGGUGCUCAGCGCCGCUGUCCCGCCUUCCAUUAAAUAUCGGCGCUAUGUCUUCCAUGUUUCUCGUCACCUUUCUCUCCGCUAUCAUCCUGUUAUGUCUAUUUUCACCUGUAGUCAGAAGGUCUAUCAUGGCUGGUGAUGACCUCCUUGAUGCUCACGAGUCAGGUUUAGCUCUCGUCGCAUCCCGUAAUCCAUUCAGGGAAUCAGGCCCUCCAGCGUGCAUGGCCAAACUUAUCAUGUUGAGGCAUAAAAUUCAGACGAGUACACGCAAACGUAGAUCCCCGGCGCUCUCACGCCAAUCACGAAAUAUUGCACUUAUCCAACCCACUCGCCCGCGCGCGUCCUGGGUUCGUGUUGGAAGGAACUUUGGAAACCAAUACCACUAAAUUACAAGCAUCUUCAAUCAUUUGACACUUAUUUUGGGCUGUCCUGUAGAGCCUUGUCAACCGGUAUUUAUAUCUCCGUGAUACCUAAUCCCUUAUAGAUAUCUACCUUGUUUAUCUUUUUCUGGGUGUACAUGCCUCUCUUCGCAGUUUCAUCAAGACUUUUGCUUUGUGAACAUACAUGUUCCUUGUUUGCAUCUUUACAUCUUUACAUUGCAGUGAUGUCGCAGGUUAUUACAGGUGGAAAAUAAAUGUACAGAAUAGACCUUUUGCGGAACGACG